AUAAAAGUAAAAAGAGAGGGAGAAUAUAAAGAGUGAGAUAAAGAGACUCUGACCACAGCCCAGCGACCGGCCGACACAGACGGACCUGUCUGCCUGCAGAGGACGGGCUGUCCACUGUGUCCACACAGGUGUUGAAGACAUGUCGUCCUCUGUGCUGCUGAAUCUGUUGCAUUGCGCUCGCUCCACCAGUCGAACCUUCCUCAGAUCCUCCACAGAAACCUCCUCAGCCUCUGGACAGGUGGGCGGGGCCUUGUUGGGGGUUUUGGGUGUGCGGCGGGCCAGCGGGUCGGUCCGUUUGGACGGUGACGACGGAGGCCGACCGAGGACAUGGGACUCAUUUGGUAUCUGGGACAACAGGAUAGAGGAACCAGUACUGCUGCCGUCCAGUAUCAGAUAUGGAAAACCAAUUCCACAGGUGAGUCUAUCCCGGGUCGGCAGUGCGUCAGUGUUGGGUCUCAGGAAACAGAACGAGGACCGUCUCCGUGUGGCUCGUAUCCAUGACAAUCUGCUGUACUUCGCCGUGUUCGACGGCCAUGGUGGACCUCACGCCGCAGACUACUGCUACACCUUCAUGGAGAAAUUCAUCAGAGACGCUCUGGAGGACGAGGGCGACCUGGAGAAGGUUCUGAAAAAAGCCUUUUUAGAUGCUGACCACGCUCUGCACACACACUUGAGCUACUUCAACAACGCCUCCUUCCUGACAGCCGGCACCACGGCGACGGUUGCUUUGCUCCGUGAUGGCGUGGAGAUGGUGGUCGGUAGCGUCGGCGACAGCCGAGCGAUGUUGUGCAGGAAGGGACGAGCCAUCAAACUCACCAAGGACCACACACCUGACCGCAAGGACGAGAGACAGCGUAUCCAGAGGUUUGGCGGCUUCGUGACGUGGAACAGCGUCGGCCAGGCCAACGUUAACGGGCGGCUCGCCAUGACUCGCAGCAUCGGUGACUUCCACCUGAAGAACAGCGGCGUCAUCGCUGAGCCGGAUACGAGACGACAGACAGUCCAACACGCCAACGACUCCUUCCUCGCUCUGACCACUGAUGGCAUCAACUUCCUGCUAAGUGACCAGGAGGUCUGCGAUGUGAUCAACCAGUGUCAGGACCCGACGGAGGCAGCGAACGUCAUCGCUCAGCAGGCGCUGCAGUACGGCUCGGAGGACAACGGCACCGUCAUCAUCGUCCCGUUGGGAGCGUGGGGGAAACAUCAGAGCUCCACCGUCGUCUACAGCAUGAGCAGGAACUUGGCCUCAAGCGGGAGAUGGGCGUAGAUGACAAAGACUUGAAGGACACAAACAUUUUGCAUCUUUUUCAAACUCUAAAUUAUCUUUAAACUCCCCUGAACUCUGACGAGCCUCCUGAAAUAUUGAAAUCACCGAUUUUUUGUCACGGCAGAGAUUAUAUUUAUAUAUUUAUUUUUACAUAAAAAAAAAAAAAUGUUGUCACUAACAAGCCAUGUCAGUUAUGCUAACACCAGGAAGAGAACAAAGUACACAAAAUUAUAUACACAAAAGUAUAAUUUUACUUGUGUAAAAUUAUUUAAAUAUUAAAAGAAAAACGUGAUUAAAAACGUC